GGGGGUGCUGCUGAUUGGCUGGCGGCGGCAGGCGCCUUCCCGACACGCUCCGCGGCGGCGGUCCCAAGUCUUCGGCCACGGGCGGCGAUGGCGCUGGCGGGGAUCGCGGUGCUCCUGGCGGCGGCUGCGGCGCUGGGCGGGGCCACAGGUGAGACGUGCCCGGAGCCCACCAUUGUCCCAUCCUAUUACACCACGGCCGACGCCGUCAUCUCCUCCGAGAGCGUCUUCGUGGUGGAGAUCGCGCUCACCUGCCGCAACGGGGCGCAGAAUGUCGCCCUGUACGCUGACGUCAAUGGCAAACAGUUCCCCGUCACCCGGGGGCAGGACGUGGGGCGCUACCAGGUCUCAUGGAGCAUGGAGCACAGGAAUGCCCGGUCGGGCACCUAUGAAGUGAAGUUCUUCGACGAGGAGUCGUACAGCGCCCUGCGCAAGGCCCAGCGCAACAACGAGGACAUAUCGGCGAUCCGAGCCCUGUUCACAGUCAGCGUGGAUCACCGGGGCGCCUGGAGUGGACCCUGGGUCUCCACGGAGGUGCUGGCUGCCGCCAUCGGGCUCCUCGUCUACUACCUGGCCCUGAGCGCCAAGGGGACCAUCCAGGCCUGAGGGGGAGCCGGGGUCCCCCCGUGGGGCCGCCUGCUGCCCCGCUGAGUCCCCUGCUGGCCCCCAAUAAACACUGUCCCAACCCGC